UUUAAAUUGGUAUCAUUUUUGCUAUAAAACUGUGGUUACCGGUUAAUUAUUUCCGCGAACUGUACUGACUGUACGCGGGUAUUUCGCGAUAUUGGUUUUAUUCUUGAGAUAUGAAUAUUCACUAGUAUAUGAUUACACUGUUAACUUAAUUCUGCUUCAAAUUUGUGAUUUGUACAACUCUGUAUAUUUUUAAGAAAUGGUGCGAACAAAAGCGGACGGAUGUUCAACCACUAGGAAAGGUAACUAAUUAAUGUGUUCUCAAAGUCAAUUUUAAUAAAUUUUUUAAUUGUUUCUCUGAAGACCGACUGAAGUCAUAAGUAAGUUUUACCUCUGCCCUCCCCUAUCAAUGCCUAACAACUAUCAUUAUCUAAUCUAUGAAUGCCAUGCCCUAUUAAUUAUUACUAUUAUUUCUUGUAGUCGAAUGUAGUCGGCUUAGAUUUAUAAUUUUAAUUAAUUUUACUUUGAUUUAGACUUAGGUCACUUAGUAUCACUUAGUGAUAGUGUUUAGUACAGUUUACACAAAAAUUGAACUACACUAACUAAAAGGUAUAAGUAUAAAAGUAUUAGAUUAGUCUAGUAUAGUACAAGUCAAUAAAUAAGAUAGGUAGAUAUAUAUAGUAUAAGGCUAAGGAUAACCCCAAGCCCAAAAUGGGUGUGUCAUAUUUUUUUUUUUGUUUAGCAAAGAGCUUGCCAUUUUGUACUUAGCAUUAAUUUUUUAACAGCUUUAAUGGCUUUAAAAGUAUUUUCUUAAUUUUAGCGCCUUAAUCAAGACUGCCAAAUGAAAACCAAAAAGUAUGUUUAUAUUUAUAGACUACAUUUUAUAGUUAUAAACUAGUAGACUGGUGAGAUAGUUAUUAGUUCAACUUACUUACAGUUGUCAUGUGAGUUAGGCCCUAUUUUAUAUUUGAUUGCAAUAAUUUUAAUCCACGACCACAUGAUGUUAAUCUUUAAAAAAAUGAGCCAUUUCGGGUUGAUGGUAUUUAGUAUGAAUUUUGCCCAAGAGUUGUCUCACUCUAUCUCUGUGCAGUGACGUUACUUUGGGGAAUCCCAACUCUGGGCUUAGAGAAAAUAGACCAAUUGCAAGACCUGAUUGAUAUAUGUGAUAACUUUACUGAGAAUUGCUCGCGUCAUAAACUAAAUCUGAUGAUCUAAACGGUUAAUAUGAAGUAUAUUAAAAUGAAAUUUUCCAUUAAAUUAUAUUUAUAUUUAACUUUAACUUACCCUUAAACUUUUAAAAAGAAAUUUAAAAAAGGAAACAUCCUUGCUGAUACUGAUGCCCCAAGACCCAACACCGGUGGAAAAAAGAAAAGAUGCACACUAAAAGUGCUGUCUUUUGAUUAAUGAUUAAAAUGAUUAGUUGAAAAUUGAAGUACCCUAUGUUAAACUUAAACCUUCUGUAACAAUAAAAGGGAGACCACUGCUAAAAAUGUGUUGAAUAUAGUUAGGAAAUAUUUUAAUUUGAGGGUUAAAAAACCGGUAGAGUCCAUAUUCAUAUAUGCUUACCAAAUUACCUAUAAUUAAUUGCAAGUAGUAGUGGGCCUAAUUUUUUAUCUGAUAAUAAUAAUAAAGAUUAUUUGAAAAUCACGAUUCAUCCCCAAAGGCUCGCAGCGCAGUACAUAGUACAUACCACAUUGAAGUACAAAAUGCAACAUUACAAAAACUACAUACGAGAAUACCCAUUCUAAGUCUUUCAUACCUUGCAACAAUUUGCUUAUCAAUUCAAGACUACCUGAGAAAUGUUGAAUAAUUAUUACUUCAUUUUUAAUAGAGAAGCCUAUAGUGUAUAUGCAAACACUGAAUGAAAGGUCUUGAUGUAUUAUAAGAAUGUUAUUGGGUUACAAAAUAUUUUUUUAAAUUUUUUUGAUAUAUCAUUAUUUAUAUUUUUACAGUGGUAGCAGCACAAGCCCCAAGAAAAAAUUUAGGAGGAGCUUCUUCAAGCUCAAGUAGCAGUGAUGGAGGCUCACCUGCAGGUAAAUAUUUUUUUACAAUCCAUACUUACUUGGCCCUACAUUAUAAAGAACAACUAUAACUCAAUCCAUAUAUUUUAAGAUAAGUUGGCUAAGGACAUGUCAGUUAUGAAUAAAUGUAUGAAUUGGUGUAGCUAGUGCUGGGGCCUGUCAAGCUUUUUAAAUUGAUCUGAGUUUCAGUGUAAAAUAAUCCUAUAAUUUUUUUUAUUAGCCUAAUACAUAAUAAUUUUUCAAAAACUGUCAAGUUAAAAGAUCUAAAUAACUGUUAUUUUAUUAAAAAGUCAGAAAAAAAAGUGAAGUCAAAGUCCUUUUGGGAGGUAAGCACUCGCAGUUUAAAUAAACACAUAUAUACAACAGAUGAAUUUUAAAGCUUUCCUAGUGUGAUGCAAAUGUUUAUUUCACCAGGUAAAGGUAAAUAUGCGGGUGGAAAUCCUGUUUGUCCACGACCCACACCUGACUGGCAAAAGGGAAUUUCAGCAUUUCUCUCAAAAUCAUCCACAACUAGUUCGUCAGAAAAGUCAUCUUCUUCACAGGAUAGUAAAAGUUCAAGGUAUUUUAAAACAUAUUUUCUCAUUUUGUUAUUUGUAUCAUAUGCUUCAUAAUCAUAAUGCUUUCCAAAUAUUAUUUUUCUUGGUUUUUCCCCUUUAUCUUUGAUAAAAUAUUCCAACACCAUUCUAUUCCUCUUUACUCGUUUUCCAUUUCCAUAUUUUAAAAUUAUUUCCUUAGGUAUACAUUUUUUUAAUAUAUAUAUAUAUAAUUCCAGAUUUGUUAUGUAUUAUGGCUCCUGUAUUUUUUUAAAUUUGUAGUUUUUAUUUUCAGUUCAUCAGAAGACUGAUCAUUUGAGGAAGAAAAAAUUCACAAUGCCGAACCAGUAAUCAAUUUUGGGUGUAGCAAACCCUUAGUUCCAUGAAGAUGAAUUUAGCAACUUUCAAAAGGUUUAUGUUCUUAAUAAGCUGUGGAUAGUUUUUGUUACCGGUACCUGUAAUUAACUGUGUUGAGUCUGUCAGCUUGCAUAUAGAAAUGACUACUGCUUGAUUACGAUUUUAAAAGUGGACGAGAUAAUUGCUGAGUUUAAGAAUUCUUGAACUGAAAUGGUGAAUUUUACACAAUAUGACAUUCUGUUAGCCGUACCAUAUAUUUCAUUAUUUUGGUACUCUAAUGUAAGGCUCCAAUGUUACGUCUCCACGCUCAGUAAUGCUUUUGUUUAUGUGGACUGGAAACUUUUUUUCUCUUUAUUAAUUGUAGGUGAUUUAUUUAUCAUUUAGUUUUGAUAUUUUUUUUACUUGUACAGUUUUGAUUGAUAUAACAUUUCAAACUGACUUGUGCUGUACAUUAAUCCCAUUCUAUUUUUAUUACAUUCAUUACACCAAGUCUCAAACUCAGGUGCCCACAUGUAGCCCUGAAAACUUUCUCCUAGGGCUUGAGAUUGAUUUAUGCUACAUAUUUUAAUAAGAGGCAGUUCUAAAUAAUGAUGUAUGUAGGUAUGUUGCUACUCCUUGGGUACUGAGAUUCCUGCAUAUGGUUUUGAAAAGUGCCUAAUGCUUGAAAACUUUUUGUUAUGUCUGUACUAUAAAUUUGACAAAUAAUCAUAAUAAAUUU